CAACCGCAGCUGCAAGGAGGGCGGCGCCGCGGCCGCGUGCGGGCGCGGGAGGAUCUGGACUAUGCGGGAAUCUGGCGCAUAUGAUGGGGUUCGAUGACGAGCGCAUGGACGAACUCAUGCGCCUCUACCUCACCAUCCACGCGGACCACGAGGGCGGCAACGUGAGCGCGCAUGCCACCCACCUGGUGGGAUCGGCGCUCUCCGACCCUUCCUCGCCCUCUCCGCCGGCCUCAAAUGGGCUCGCCGCCCGCUGCAUGGCUGGCCAAUCAGGAGGUGGUGGCAUGGCUGCACGGUCUGCGGGCAGAGCUGGGGGAGCGGCCCACUAAGGAGCAGCUAGGGGAGCACGUGAGGCGCGGGCUGGCGCGGGGCGCGUGGUGCCGGGGUAUGGCCAUGCCGUGCUGCGCGUGACGGACCCGCGCUACACGUGCCAACGGGAGUUCGCGCUCCAACACAUGCCAGACGACCCUAUGGUGGCAGCUGGUAUCGGACCCUCUAUGAAGUGGUGCCGCCCAUACUGAGAGAGACAGGCAAGGUGCAGAACCCCUGGCCCAACGUGGACGCGCACAGCGGCGUGCUGCUGCGCCACCUGGGGCUCACCAAACGCCAACUUCUACACGGUGCUCUUUGGCGUCUCCCGAGCCAUGGGCGUGCUCUCCCAGCUGGUGUGGGACCGGGCCUUGGGAUUGCCGCUGGAGCGGCCCAAGAGUGUCACCAUGGACUGGAUUCAGCAGGAGGCUGCAGACAGGGGCUUUAAUGGCGACGCUCAUCCGGACACGCAUGCCACCAAGGCUGCUGUAUGAACCGCCAUACAUCCCAUGGCCCAACCUUCCUCCCAUCCCAGCCAAGCUGGUGGGACAGUUUCCGCUUUCAUUUCACUUGUGCACACACCGUGUGGGGAUGGUUUCCGUUGUGGCGUGCUGUUGGAUCGCAUGGUAUUGUCAGCCGUGUAAGGCCACAGCAACCCACUGUACUAAAUGUUUGUUUUGUGUAUAUAAGUGCCAAGAAGUGGUGUUCAGGAACUGAUGAGAUUAUUGAAUGUUGCAGCCUCACAGGUUGCCCGCUGCCCGUGUGUU